ACGUCACUUGUCACUGUUGUCAACAUCAAACGAACAAUUUGUUAUCUGUGAGUAGUAGAUGACAAAAUGGUUUCAUGUUUUGCCGAAAGAAAACAUUAUAUUACUUGAUUGAAAUACUAAUUAAUAGGCGUAGUUUGCAAUCAUAGAUAUGGAUUUUGAAAGUCCAGACGUAGAAAAGGAUUUUCCUGGCUUAUAUGCAUCUGAAAGUGGCAGGAAAAGUAAUGAAAGCGAUUUCAGUGAUGGUGCUGAUCAUGAAAAACCAAGCAAGAAAGACCUAUUGGGUCGACGUAAAGAAAAAAAAGAGAAGAAAGAUAGAGGCUAUGCUGCACUAGAAGGAGAGAGUUCACCAGAGGAGGAUACUGAUACUAAAAGUCCAUCGAAAUCAAAGAAGACAAAAUCAUUUAAGUUCCCGACUAAGAGUAAGGAGAAACGCGAAAAAUCUCGUGACAAAGAAAAGGUAUUAGAGGAUUCCGCAAAGCAAAAGGAAAGGGAAGAGAAAGAAAAGAAGAAGGAAAAGGAACGUGAAAAGGAAAGGGAAAGAGAGAAAAAGGAGAAGGAGAAACGCGAAAAGUUGAGAGAGAAAGAUAAGGAAAAGGAAGAAAAAGCGAAAUUCAAGCUAGAAUCAAAAGAAAAACUGAAAGAUGAGAAAAAAGACAAGACGAAAGAUAAGGACAAGGAGAAAGUGAAGGAAAAAGAAAAAGAGAAAGUGAAAGAAAAAGAUAAAGAUAAAAAGGAUAAGAAACUGACGAAAGUUCCAUCUACGUUCACAUGUGGGGUACCUUUCGAGGAAAUAUUUACCUUAGGAGUGGCACUCCCGAUAUUUGGCGUACCGUUAGCACAGUCAGUGGAGCGUUCGAGAUGUCACGACGACACCGGUCUACCUCUCGUCGUGCGAGACAGCAUCGAUUACCUACAGGCACACGGUCUGAAGUCCAAUCAGAUCUAUCGCACGGAACCUGAUAAGAUAAAACUGCAGCAGCUGAAGAAACUGUUCACAGAUAGAGGACCCACUUUCCCGUACCACUGGGAUGUACCUGUGGCUUGCGCUAUGCUUAAAACUUUUAUUAGUGAACUCCCGGACUCUAUAUUAACACAAGAGCUACACGGACAGUUCGAGCAAGCGACGGCCAUAGCCGAGCCACAACGGGAGGCUACCAUGUUGGCCCUUAUAGCUAAGCUACCCCCACACAACUAUAGCUUAUUGGGAUGGCUAAUGAGACAUUUUGAAUGUGUUGUGGCUAAUGAACAGGCGAAUCACGCGAACAUCCAAACUAUUAUGACUGCGAUGGGACCAGCGCUCAACAUGUCCUUGAACCUCCUCACCUACCUGGUGUCCAAGGCUGAGAAGCUGUUCCCAGACGUUCAGCUUACCAAAUACGUACCACCUUUAGCAUCCAUUCCACCUGACUUCCCAGAGACGGCUCCUGAACUAAGCUUGGAGCUCCGCAAACAGGAGUCUCUAUUGAACCAGAUACACGCAGAAAUGCACGCUGGGUUCAUCACGCCGGCCCGAGAUCAACAGCUGUGGGAAGCACAGAGGAUCGUCACACAGUUGAAGAGAAAGCUGCGAUCAGUACAAAAAUCGGUAGAACCACAAAACUCAUUGCAACCACAACAUGCGUCGUUGGAUGAGAGACACGAACAUAAGACGGAGGAUGAACCAGUGAGGCGGAACUCCCAGCCCUCACAGCCAUCUGCACCACUACAAAUGCAAGUAGAGGCACAGGUCACCCCCCAAGAACCUCCCGAGGUCAAAACUCCAAACGAACCAUUCCUAGACCCCAAAGAAUCGCCAAGCCAAGAACCCAUCUUCGAAGCCGAGUUUGAAGACAAUUUCGAAUUCAAACCAGAAAUUCCAAUAAAAGAAACCCCAGAACAAGAAUUACCCCCAGCAGAACCCAUCAAAGAAAAACCGAAACUAACAGAAAAAGAACUGAAAGUACUAAGACUAGAACUUGAAAACGCAGAAUACUUGCAGCUCAAGUCCUUACUGCAAGCGAAAAUCAACUCUGAACAGUUCGAAAUAGUCAAACUUAGAAGCCAUGUUGCUUUGAAGAACAAGGCUGAGGGCGCUCAGACCACGAAAGAAACUAAGGAAAACAACAUACAAGACGAGCAGGAGUUAAGACAAAGACUGAUCAAAGAGAAUGCGUUACUAGAGCAAAAGAGAAUCAACCUUAUUAACCAGAUAUUUCAGGAGAGAGUUGCUUGCAUACAGUUGAAGAUAGAGCUCGCUAUGAAAGAAAUAUUGUCGAAAUCGUAAAGCGGUUUGACGUAUGUUAUUAGUACUAAAACAUGGCGUAGAGUGAAUCUCACAAUCUGUAGUUCCGCCAGUAUAUGAGGCAGUGAACGUAUGAUUUGUUAGAACAAAAAUGACGAGAAGAAAAGGACGUAGGUAAAAAUAUACAUCUCUUUAUCGGAGAAUAUAUCUUUUAUGUGAUAGAUGUUUUAAAAAAGAAAUGAAAACGUUCCAGUAGAAGAUUUAAGCAAUAAAUAGCUGUUUCUAUAUCGUUCUCCUUAAGUAAUUUCUCUGAACAAUACGCGUAGAUAUCUAUUUGAACCCCAGCCAAUCAACAUUGUUGUAGAAAAAAGUCAAACCACUAAAACUAUGUAUUGUAACUCAAAAACGGCUGGACCGAUUUGCAUGAUCUUCAAUUUAUUGAUCGACUUGUAAAGGCUUGGGAUAAAUAAGAAAAAAUCACAAAUCUUUGUAAAAACUUAUUUCUAUUGUGUGUAGAUUAACUUAUUAUAUAACGAUUCUGAAGCUUAACAAAGUUCGCAGAAUAAAUAUAGAAUGAACUGUAAAUUUCAAAUGUUACACUAAGUUUAUUUAUAAAUACAUAAUAAUAUAUACGUUAAACAUUGCAUGAUAACUAUAUUUGACUAAUAACUAUCCACUUGGUGACAUUGACUCAAUUUUAGUAUUGCAAUCUUAUCUCUAAUACACUAUCUUAGACUGCAGUACAAUACGACCAAUAUAACAUGACGUUCCAAGAAAGAGGGAGACAUAAAAUCUUAAAGUAAAUAGAGUGAAUGAGACAGCAAUAGCCUCUAAGAGAGAGAAAACCUCUCAAAACUGGUCAAGUUAUUGAAUGUACUUUAUUCAUAAUUGUUUACCUAAUCAAUAAACAAUGUUAGUGGAACAUGAAUGUGCAGUAAUAGAGAAAAUUAUUGUAAUAAUUCGUUUUAAUAUUACUUGACAUUGGAAAUGUCAAAUUAUUAUUAAUGACGUCGAUAAAAAGAUUAAGAAUGAACUUCCGUAUUCAUUAAUCAAAAUUUAUUGAUCAAAUAAAAAUGUUGUACUCAAGAAAAUUUGUGUAUUUUUCCUUAUAAUAGUAAAAUAAAUCAUAUUUACAUAAUAUUACAUUGAUAUAUAGUUAUUGCAACCAAUUCGAAACGUCAGAUAGACUAAUGACAAAAAUAUCACAGUAAGUAGUAUUUAGGAAAAAUUGGGUUGUUU